CGAUGUCUUGGCUGGAGUGACGAGCCGCUGAAGAAAUUCCUCCACAUGUGCAAAAGCUACUCGAGGAAAGGUGGCAAGGGGGCCACGUUGGUCUUCACUUGGGAUGCAGAAGAUUACGACUGGAACCAGAAGAGAAUGCCGCCUCGACCGAUGAGUACGAUUGAGCUGGAUGGCAAGAUUAAAACGGAAUUGCUUGCAGAUGUCGCCAAAUACCUCAACCCGAGAACGAUCAGCCUCUAUAAACAGCUUGGUAUUCCAUAUCGACGGGGUUACCUGUUCUACGGUCUACCUGGCACGGGGAAGUCCUCUUUGUCGAAAGCUUUGGCUAGCCAGUUCGAACUCGACCUAUACUGUCUCAAUCUUGGCGACAGCGGAGUGAACGAUACUAGUCUCCUGCGCGCCUUUGCCCGAUUACCUUCCAAGUGCAUACUUUUGCUAGAAGAUAUCGAUUCUGCUGGUAUUGGCCGUGAGUCUGCCACAACGAAAGAGCUAAAGAAGCGAAAGGACGACUCGGACGACUCAGAUAGUUCAGUUGGCAGUUCUUACUCUGAUUGGGUCAGGAGGCGAAACAGGAGAUCGAGGAACAAGUCUAGUAUGGUCACACUUAGCGGGCUCUUGAACGCCCUAGAUGGAGCAAGCGCGGCCGAAGGACGGAUUGUGAUCAUGACCAGCAACCACCCUGAGCUUCUGGACAGCGCAUUAAUCAGGCGUGGACGAGUUGACAAACGAAUUCUGCUUCCACCAAUGUCUCGAGAGUCGGCGCGCGGGGUUUUCAAACGGAUUUUUUCUUUUGGUGAUCUCUCUAAAGACGAAAUUGCAAAGUAUGCUGAUCAGUUUGCAGCAAAUAUUCCGGAAGGCGUCAUUGUGCCUGCAGAAGUGCAAGGAUAUCUUGUUGACCACCUCGAGAAGCCGGCACAGGCCAUUUCUGGUAUUCAACAGUGGGCUGAAGAGGUAGUCAACAAUCGGGUCAUGAACAAGGUCAUUGCAAAAGGCCUUGAAGAUUUCAAUGACAAAGCAGCUACACCGAGCACUGGCAUAGCCACCGAAGGAUUUGAUAUUGUGACCUCAAGCGCGAGUGAGCUCGACGAGAACAAGACGGAGCAGGUUUUCGCAGAGAUUGAAUGCGGCAAGACUACCUGAGGCACUUCAAGCAAAAGUAUCGGGAAAAAACAAUAUGGUAUCGCUUCUUUUAACUCAAUCCUCUCACAUGCCGUAGAAAUCUGAG